AGGAGCAACGCAGCCACGCUCGUUUGUGGUUUUUUUCUUUUCGUAGCUCUCUCUCUCUCUCUCGCUGAAAAUCCGAAGCUCAUGGAUACAGACAAGGAAGAGUUUCUCAGGGAAUUCGGUGCGGAUUACGGGUACCCAAACGGGCCCAAAACCAUCGAUGAAAUCCGAGCUACCGAGUUCAAAAGAUUAGACGGUCUUGUAUACUUGGACCAUGCUGGGGCAACUUUGUACUCUGAGUUGCAGAUGGAAGCAGUCUUUAAAGAUCUCGCCACUAGUGUUUAUGGAAAUCCUCAUAGCCAAAGUGACUACAGCUCCACUACUUGUGGCAUCAUGAAGGAGGCUCGCCAACAGGUCCUUGAUUAUUUUAAUGCUUCCCCAAAGGACUACAAGUGCAUAUUCACUUCUGGGGCAACUGCAGCAUUAAAGCUGGUUGGGGAGGCCUUUCCAUGGAGCCACCAGAGCAGUUUUAUGUACACGAUGGAGAAUCACAAUAGUGUACUCGGGAUCAGAGAAUAUGCUCUUGGUCAAGGAGCUGCAGCCUUUGCAAUAGAUAUUGAAGAGACUCUGCAUCAUGUAGCAUCAAGAAGCACUGUAGUGCCUGUCAGGGUAUCCCAGCACCAAAUACAAAGGAGAAGUGAAGCAAGAUUCCUUGAGAAGGAGCCAACAGGUGACACAUAUAACUUAUUUGCCUUUCCCUCAGAGUGCAAUUUCUCAGGCUUGAGAUUCAACCUUGACUUAGUGAAGAUUAUUAAGGAAGAUUCAGAAAGAAUCUUGGAAGGCUCUCCGAUUUGCAAUGGGCGCUGGAUGGUACUGAUUGAUGCGGCAAAAGGAUGUUCAACCAACCCGCUAGAUUUAUCAAAGCAUCCUGCAGAUUUUGUUGUUGUCUCCUUCUAUAAGCUAUUUGGCUAUCCAACUGGACUUGGAGCUCUCAUUGCCCGAAAUGAUGCUGCAAAGUUAUUGAAAAAAGCCUACUUUAGCGGAGGCACAGUUGCUGCCUCAAUUGCUGACAUUGACUUUGUUAAAAGAAGAGAAGAGGUUGAGGAACUGUUUGAGGAUGGCACCACUUCAUUCUUGAGCAUAGCAUCUAUUCGUCAUGGGUUUAAAAUUCUGAAUUCCCUAACCAUAUCAUCGAUAUCCCAGCAUACAGCAUCACUUACUAUGUAUGUGAGGAAGACGCUUUUGGCCUUAAUUCAUGACAAUGGAGCCAGUGUGUGCACAGUAUACGGAAGUGACAGUUUAAAGGUAUCAUGUCAUGAGUGGGGUCCUAUUGUUUCAUUCAACUUGAGAAGGCCAGAUGGUUCUUGGUUUGGAUACCGUGAAGUGGAAAAACUGGCAUCUUUAUCUGGAAUUCAGUUACGGACAGGAUGCUUUUGCAAUCCUGGAGCAUGUGCAAAAUAUCUUGGCUUGUCUCACUCAGAUCUUCUUUCAAACGUUGAGGCUGGCCAUGUUUGCUGGGAUGACUAUGAUGUAGUUAAUGGAAAACCAACGGGAGCUGUAAGAGUGUCCUUUGGUUAUAUGUCAACAUAUGAAGAUGCCAAGAAAUUUAUUGAUUUCGUGAGAGGUUCCUUUGUAUCAUUACCAAAUCAAAUUGGAUGUGGGUAUCACUUUAGAGAAAGGUCCAUCCCCUUUCCAGACAAAGAUAAGAAAUGGUUUGCAGGUUUUAUGGCCAUUCUGGUCAUGCUUAUUCCCUACAUGUCACACCACAGUUAUUCUAGAGUCGAGCUUAUUCUGCCAAAGUUCCUAAUUGGGAUGAAGCAUCUUUUAGGAUGUACAUACAACUCGAAGGCAUUUUGUGUCUUUUGGGUUCCUGAAGGUUCUGGAAGCAGACUCCUGGCUGGUAGUUUCUACCUAAACUCCAUUACGAUCUACCCUAUAAAAUCAUGUGCAGGAUUCAGCACAGAAAGUUGGCCUCUGAGUAAUACCGGUAUUGGACAUUGUCUGAGAUAUGAUCGUGAGUGGAUUCUUAAAAGCUUAACUGGUGAAAUUCUUACCCAAAAGAAGGUUCCAGAAAUGUGCCUUAUAGGUACUUCUAUUGACCUUCAUCAAGGAAUACUAUUUGUAGAAUCUCCACGUUGCAAAGAGAGGCUGCAGAUCAGCCUUGAGUCAGAAUCGUAUAAUGGUAGUGGAGAAGAAAUUUGUAUUCGUGGCCAGAGAUAUGAAGGCCAGGGUUACAACAAUGAAGUCAAUAGUUGGUUUAGCCAUGCACUCGGGCAACCUUGCUGUUUGUUGCGGUGUUCGAUGUCCACCAGUUAUUAUUUGAAUAAGAGCGGAAGUGUGGGAAUGUGUAGAGAUGGGCAGAGCAGAUUGAAUUUUUCCAAUGAAGCUCAGUUCUUAUUAAUAUCCAAGGAGAGCGUAUCUGACCUAAAUAACAGAAUAAGUUCAAAUGCAAAGAAGGGUUCUUCCGGAGUGCCAGUUGAAGUCAGUCCAAUGAGAUUUCGGCCUAACCUUGUCAUAUCUGGAGGCGAACCUUAUGCAGAAGAUGGAUGGAGAAAUCUUAAAAUUGGGGAUAACUAUUUUACAUCGCUGGGUGGAUGCAACCGUUGCCAGAUGAUCAAUCUUGUGAACAAAGCUGGGCAAGUGAAGAAGUCAAAUGAACCUUUGGCUACUUUAGCAUCAUAUAGGAGAGUGAAGGGGCAGAUUUUAUUUGGGUUACUACUGAGAUAUGAGAUUGGUGAUGGAGUAGAGCAGGAACCUGAGUCGUUGCUUCAAGUAGGACAAAAAAUACAUCCAAAUUCUUUUUAGCUUCGAGGAAUGAGUUCACACACUUGCCUGCGCCAUCUGGAGAACGGAGUUGGCGAUCUGUUUCUGGAACUUUAGAUGAGCAUUCACAUUUAUUCGUAAUUCAUACAAAUAAAUCUCUCAGAAUCAAGGUAUACUGAUAAUUGCGUUGCAACAUCUGAAAACGGAUCAAUAGGUUACUUGUCCUCUACACUAGUAUUCAAAAAACACUGGUACAUUCUAAGCAAGUCAGAAAAGGAGUAAUACAUGAUUCUUUGAAAUUUCAUAGUGCUAGAGCGACUAUAGGGUCAUAAAUUUUGUAGCUUCUUUAUUUUUAUUUCUGAUGAUGCUGUAUGAAAGAAUUGAUGGAAACCAUCACAUCGUCAUUUUAUGUUUCCGUUGUAUAAUAUUUUAACAUUGGUAUUAGAGUCGGCUCUUGUGUAUUUAUUUUUAAAAAUAGUGGUUCUUGUAUUACA